CGACUGAGCAGAUGGCUGAUCUUGAUCAAGAAGAGGAGACUGUAAAAUGCAUUCACUGCUCAGGACCAGUUCAGCACAGCAGUGUUGUAUCUUUUUGCCACCAUUGCCAAAACAGCCCCAUCUACUGUAAAGAAGUUGUAUCAGAGGCAUUGACUGCUUCUACUUCAGUGAAUAAGUGUUCAGAAUCUCAAGACAUGCUUGUUUCUUUGUCUCGCCAAGCAGCGUCUUUUUCAAAAGGGGUGUCAAAAUCAUCCUUAACAGACUCUCAUAGAGCAAUAUUCUUUGCCUCAAACAUUCGAAGCAGUAGUACAGAAUGCAAAGUUCCUCAUACACGAAUAGAAGAUGGUGCAGCAAUUCAGCAAAUUUAUUCUUUUGGAGGAAAACUAGGACAAGGCAGCUUUGGGGUGGUGAUUGAAGUAACUCACAGAGAAACGGGUAUAAAGUGGGCAAUCAAGAAAGUAAACCGGGAAAAGGCUGGAAGUUCUGCAGUAAAAUUACUUGAACGAGAAGUAAACAUCCUGAAAAGAGUAAAUCAUGAACAUAUAAUACAUCUUGAAGAAGUGUUUGAGACACCUAAGCGAAUGUACCUUGUAAUGGAGCUGUGUGAGGAUGGAGAGCUUAAAGAGAUUCUUCAAAGAAAAGGUCAAUUCACAGAGAAUGAAACAAGGCACAUAGUUCAGAGUCUUGCAUCAGCAAUAGCAUAUCUUCAUAGAAGAGAUAUUGUUCAUAGAGAUCUGAAAUUGGAAAACAUUUUAGUUAAAAGCAGUUAUGUUGAUGAAGAAAAUGAAAUAAAAUUGAAUAUAAAGGUGACUGAUUUUGGUUUAGCGGUACAAAAGGUGGGUGGAAGUGAAAGUAUGUUCCAGUCUACCUGUGGGACUCCUAUCUACAUGGCUCCAGAAGUUAUCAGUGCACAUGACUAUAGCCAACAGUGUGAUGUUUGGAGCAUCGGUGUCAUUAUGUAUAUGUUGUUGUGUGGUGAACCACCUUUUCUAGCAAGCUCAGAAGAAAAACUUUUUGAAAUCAUAAAGAAAGGAGACCUUCACUAUGAACAUUCAGUCUGGAAAUCAGUCAGUGAGGCUGCCAAAUAUGUGUUGCAGCUGCUUCUGAAAGUAGAUCCAGCCCACAGAAUCACUGCUAAUGAAUUCCUUGAUAAUCAGUGGAUAACGGGUGAAACAGACAUCCAGAGACCCUGUAAUGUUCUUGAACUGAUGAAAAAGUGGAAUAACAGCAGCAGUGCUGAGACUGGAGAAGUAUGCUUGAUUGCAGAUGACCUGAAUGGUGCAUCAGGCAGUACUCAACAGGAAGAAAACCGUGAAGGCCAAGAGAGUCCUAUUAGUAUCAAUGGCAAUUCAGAGGCUGGGGCAGAAACAGAGACAGAGAGUGGGAGCAGCAAACCCUCCACACCCACGAAACAGGUUAACAAGAAAAAAAGUCGCACCAAUGCUUUACCAAAUGGGACGCUUAAGAAGAAAAGUUCAUCUCUCAAGUCAUGUUCCAAUUCACAGAUUUGUGGAACUGGUUCAGUGUCUCCUGGGGUGAAUUCAAAACGGAGCCAGGAAUUUCAAGAGAAGAAAAUGGAAGUAGAAAAGGCUUCUUUUUCUGCAAGUCAAGGAUUGUUAAACAGAACUACGCCAAAAUCAGCUACCAGUAGUGGCCUUCUCAAAACCAAAAAGAAAUCCUAAAGAUGAUCCAUCUGCUCCAAAUGCCAUUCUUACAAAGCAUCUAUUGGUAGUGCCAAAAUGUGGCAACUGUAUCAAAAAGGAUCAAUUGUGUCUUGAACUGUUAAGCCUUUUUUGUUGUUCUGAAACCCAUAACUAUCAAAAGAGCUCUAGCUUCAUGGUAGUGCUGAUAAACAUUCUAAUGCAGUGUGAAUUCCUAACCUGUAUGAGGGCAUCCACUGAGUAUUUCUUUCUAGCACAGAACUAAAAAUAUCUUUUAUAAAAUUUAUUGUAGAGUAGCAGGCAUCAUUGAUGUGAAUAGCUCACUUCUCUGAGUCCACUUUCUGUGUUUUACCUAAGAUUGUUUAAUAUUGUCAUAAAGAUUUGUGAGGGGGGAAUAAAAAGCCAAAAUAUGUAAUGGCUGUGGGUUAUUUUUUAUAAUACUGUGCAUUUUGCACUUGUAAGAAUUGGCUUUUAAACUUACUGUAAGCAUUAUAACUCAUGUACCAAGGUCAAUGAUACUUGUUCCAGAUAUGUUUAUGUCACUGUAGAUUUCUUAGAGAACAUAUUUUUUAAAUUUUAAGUACUGUGAACAUUGCUGAGGUGUUCUUGCUGCUAAUUUUUUUGUGAAUUGAUUUAAAUAAAAAUAACUUGAAUAA